GGGUCAGUGAUUUUAUCCCCAAGACGAAUCCAAAGCAGGUGAGAGCAGUACUAGUCUAGCACAGGCAAAAGACGACGGAGAAACAGGCUCCGGUGCAGAGCGCCGAGACAUGAGUCACCCGGUCGAUCCUUCCAAGCGUUUGCCGACUAGCCGGUGCCGUCCUGGCUAUAAAUGGGCCCGCCCCUGCACAUCGACGACAACGACCCAAGCGCGCGCGCACACACACCGAGAAAUAGUCAGUCGAGCGAUCAUGGUGGCCGACCACCAGUCCUCCUCCUCCUCCUCCUCCCCGCGCCCACGGUUCACCGUCGGCUACGCGCUGCAGCCCGGCAAGGCGGGCAGCGUCAUCCAGCCGUCCCUCGUGGCCCUCGCGUCCGAGCGCGGCAUGCGGCUCGUCGCCGUCGACCCCUCGCUCCCGCUGGCCGAUCAGGGCCCCUUCCACCUCAUCGUCCACAAGCUCUACGACCGCGCGUGGCGCGCGCGGCUGGAGGCCUUCUCCGCGCUCCACCCCUCCGUCCCCGUCGUCGACGCCCCCGCCGCCAUCGACCGCCUGCUCGACCGCUUCACCAUGCUCGACGUCGUCCCCGGGCUCGCCGCCGGCCUCGACCACCCGCUGCGCGUCCCCGCGCAGGUCACCGUGAGCGACGCUGCCGCCCUGUCCGCCGACGACCCGUCGGGCGGCCUCCGCUUCCCGCUCAUCGCCAAGCCGCUGGCCGUCGACGGCAGCGCCAGCUCCCACGACCUGUGCCUCGUGUACCGCGCCGAGGGCCUCCGCGGCCUCCACACCCCCGUCGUGCUCCAGGAGUUCGUCAACCACGGCGGCGUGCUCUUCAAGGUCUACGUGGUGGGCGACCGCGCCGUCUGCGUCCGGCGCCGCAGCCUGCCGGACGUGCCCGCGGGCCGCCUCGCGGACCCGGACGCCGCCGCCUCCGUGCCCUUCGCCAACAUCUCCAACCUGCCCGCCGACGCAGCAGGGCUGGUGGACAAGGAGGAGGAGGGGGAGGGCUCGACGCCGCCCGCCGGGUUCGUCGACCAGGUCGCGCGCGGGCUCCGGCGCGCGCUGGGGCUGCACCUCCUCAACUUCGACAUGUUGGCGGCGACGGAGCUCGACGAGGGCGGACGACGGAGCUACUUCCUCGUCGACAUCAACUACUUCCCGGGGUUCGCCAAGAUGCCGGGCUACGAGGCUGCUCUCACGGAUUUCUUCGCCGAGAUGAUUCAGCUCGGCACCAGCCAAGAGAAGAAGCUCGAAUCUGUGCCGUGCAAUGGCUUAGAUCACCAGGAAUCUGGGCUUACUUUGGACUCGACCUGCCCCGUGCCAAUGGUUUAGUUUCAAAAAAAAAAAAAAAAAAACAGGGUCUGCCCAAAGACGCCGUACCGCCGAUAAUAAAAAUUAAGGAAAUGCAAUAUUCCUCGUCGCAAGAAAAAAAGAAGAAUAUUGCUCCGGAUUUGCCAUUUCUUCAAGAAAGAGUUAAAUCUUUAGUCAACUCCAUAACCGACGGACUGAUGAUGCGAGCCAAGAUUCCUGCUGCUAUCGGGAGUUGAGUUCCUCUUUGUUUUUAGCGCUGUGUGAAGGCGAGCGAGCGGCAAUUUGUUUGUGUGCAGGGCGUUGUUUCUGAUUUCCAUUUUAUUGCUUCUCUGGGCCUUUUCUAACGUGAAUCUAUUAUUAUUA